AUGUUUUCAAGAGCAUUCGGCACCAGCAACAUCAACCGUCUAACUCACACAAUAUCAACGCGCCAGGCAAUGACCAUGUCGCGAAGUCUCUCCUCACUUCCAAUUUCUGUGCAGGUGUCACCUCGGGAGGUAGCUUCUCAAAAUCUGACCUGGCGAAAUCUAGAGAUUGCAACAAGAGCCCUUCAUCGAGACGGGCUUGUGGUACUCGAGGAUGUGAUCGAUCAUUCUAAGCUGGACUUUUUAAAUGAGAAGAUGCUGGAUGAUGCCCGAACUUUGCAAGCAGCGGGUGAUGCAAGUCCAUAUAAUUAUAACAAAGGCAACAUCCAGCAGGAUCCGCCGCUAACAAAGCAAUAUUUCGACUCCAGCAUCAUCAUAAAUUCAUUGGCAACUCAGGUGACAGCUUCAGUUCUCGGACCUAAGCCUAGGCUAUCUUUCGCGUCUGGGAAUAGCGCUCUGCCGCCGACUCCAGAGUCUCCACCCCAGUCGCAGCCAGUUCACUCCGAUGCAGACUUCAAUCAUCCUCAGAGCCCUUUUGCAUUGGUUGUGAACGUCCCCUUAGUUGAGAUGACCAAGGAGAACGGCACCACAGAAGUGUGGCUCGGCAGUCACAUCAAUGCAUCUGCGGCCUCACAAGAGGGGAAGCAGGGGGAACGAGCGAGUGGCAGGAUCAGAGAGGAAUUCUUGGCAGAACGCAGGCAAGAGAGACCACCAUCUCAGCCGACAGUUAAGAAGGGCUCGGUCGUUAUCCGUGAUCUUCGAUUGUGGCACGCUGGCAAACCGAACUACACCAAUAAUACAAGGGUCAUGUUGGCUAUGAUCCAUUUUGCGCCAUGGUUCCGUAAUGCUAUGGAGAUUGAGGUCUCGGAAGACUUGAUCCCAACAUUGGAAAAGGAAGAAAGUAACCUCCAGAUCCAGGCCAAGUUCGUGCCAGAGAAGUUUCUUAUGGAUGGUUAUCUGAAUCGUGGAUAUGGCAACGCAUAUAAUUUCGAUCAGCAAGACCCAGUGGAGGGAAUUUUCUGA